AUGGAGUACAUUCCGGGACCAGCAGCUCCCACGCAGGGACACAUCCUGUGCUGCCAGUGCGGUGUGCCCAUCCCGCCCAACCCGGCCAACAUGUGCGUGGGCUGCCUGCGGGCACAGGUGGACAUUACCGAGGGCAUCCCCAAGCAGGGCACUGUCCACUUCUGCAAGCAGUGCGAAAGGUAUCUUCAGCCUCCAGGAACCUGGAUUCAGUGCACCUUGGAAUCGAGAGAGCUCCUUGCUUUGUGUCUUAAGAAAAUCAAAGCUUCCCUGAGCAAGGUCCGGCUGAUUGACGCAGGAUUCAUUUGGACAGAGCCACAUUCCAAGAGGCUGAAGCUGAAACUGACUGUUCAGAAAGAGGUGAUAAAUGGAGCAGUUCUGCAGCAGGUGUUUGUGGUAGAAUACAUCGUCCAGUCCCAGAUGUGUGAAGACUGUCACAGGAUUGAAGCCAAGGAUUUCUGGAAAGCUGUGGUUCAAGUCAGGCAGAAGACUCUGCACAAGAAGACUUUCUUCUAUUUGGAGCAGCUGAUUUUAAAGCACAGACUGCACCAAAACACUCUUCGCAUCAAGGAAAUCCACG